GCACCGCCCUCCUCCCUCCCUCUGUUUGCCUGCUGAUUCCGGACUCCGUGAAGACGCCCUUAGCAACAACACACAGCAGCGUCGAAUAAGAUACUCGUACCGCAGACAGGACGGAUUAAACACCACCACUUUAUUGCACCGACUACAGGUGAAGGCUAUUGUCCGAAGGGGAUGCCUCGGUUGUUUCUGCAGUUGAACAUGGGGCGUGAGUUCAGCUAGCGAGCAGCCCCAAGCUGUCCCGAAAGGAGGGCAAUUCCGGGGGGUUCAACGAGUGGUAGCAUCGCUGUUUGCUAACCGGGAAUAAGCACGGGAAUGGUGCUCUGGAUCGACUCACUGUACCGACAGAGAGAGGCGAGGGGCACACGGGUCAGACCACCAAGCUGUAAUAAUUGGACUCAAACUAUUUUUAAGAGAGGGAGCGGCUCUCCAGCGGACGAUUGUUUUUGUGGCUGUGCGAGCUAGCUGGCUGGCUAGCUGAGGGAAACGACCCCCACCGCCCGCCUGCUCAGGUUUUUCCAACUGCAGCCAAGGCUAAUGUUAGCCAGCACACUGAACACACAAGUGUGCGGUUUAAAUAAAAAACAAGGAUAAAUUACAGUUAAAAUCAAGGAGAAAGCUAGCUAACCCCGAAGGAGGAAGAUAACCCGAGUUAGUUCAGGAGAAAGCAUAACUCCGGGGUACUUUAGCAAACACGCACGGCAAAGUUUUAAAUGCUAUUAGCUAAGCUGGCUACGUGACUCUACUUUGAAUCUUUGUUUCACACGUUGUUUUUUUUACUUUGGAUUUUUUUUCACUUCGGAUGCUGGCAUCACAUUUUAAAUGCAAUCAUGAUGAUAAUAAGCAGAAAACCAGAGGGCCCAAUAGCAACAGCACGCCAUGGUGACGGCCUGUAUGACUCGUACAUGAGGACAGACCACAUCCUUAAAGACGAGGCGGAUACAAACAGUCCGUCUGGGCUGCCCCCCAUGCCCAAACACACAGUUGUCAGUAACAAGGGCGUAAUGAGGGAUCAGGUAACCGUGCGAGGUGGCCAGCUAAAGGUCAAGUACCUGUAUGAAGACUCCACCAACAAUCGAAAGAUCAAUGCCAUAACUACAGCAACCAUUCAGAACAGUGGGACCACUGGUCAGAUGCCCAGUAAACCUGCCCCAGUCUCCAGCCUGUCCAAGGAGCACAGUGUAGACAGCACUGAAUCCAGUAAGGGCUCCAGUGAAUCCUCUGGCUCACAUGGAGUUGGGAAUAGCGGGAAGCUGUGUGGCCCUCUCACUCCUGACCAGGCUCUGAGACUGUACCGAUCUCAACUGACCACCCUGGAGCAGACAGAGAUCCACUCCUACCCAGACAUCUACUACGUGGGACCCAAUGCCAAGAAGAGGCCUGCCGUUGCUGGAGGCAACAACAAUUGUGGCUACGAUGAUGAGCAGGGUGGCUACAUCCACGUCCCCCAUGACCACCUGGCUUACCGCUAUGAGUUUCUCAAGAUUAUUGGUAAAGGUAGCUUCGGUCAGGUGGCCAAGGUAUACGACCACAAACUGCAGCAGCAUCUGGCUCUGAAAAUGGUUCGUAACGAGAAGCGUUUCCACCGGCAAGCGCAGGAGGAGAUCCGCAUCCUGGAGCACCUGCGCAAGCAGGAUCGCAGCGGCACCAUGAAUGUUGUGCACAUGCUCGAAAAUUUCACCUUCCGCAACCACAUCUGCAUGACCUUUGAGCUGCUGAGCAUGAACCUGUAUGAGCUUAUUAAGCGCAACAAGUUCCAGGGUUUCAGCCUGCCUCUGGUGAGGAAAUUUGCUCACUCUAUACUGCAGUGCCUGGAGGCCCUGAGCAGGCACAGAAUCAUCCACUGUGACCUCAAGCCUGAAAACAUCCUGCUCAAACAGCAGGGACGCAGCGGCAUUAAGGUGAUUGACUUUGGCUCCAGCUGCUUUGAACACCAGCGGGUGUACACCUACAUCCAGUCUCGUUUCUAUCGAGCUCCAGAGGUGAUCCUUGGCUCGCGUUACGGCCUACCUAUCGAUAUGUGGAGCUUCGGCUGCAUACUGGCUGAGCUGCUGACUGGCUACCCCCUGUUCCCUGGAGAGGACGAGGGUGACCAGCUGGCCUGUGUCAUGGAGCUGCUGGGCAUGCCUCCACAGAAGGUUCUGGAGCAGGCCAAAAGGGCAAAGAACUUCAUCAACUCCAAGGGCCACCCUCGCUACUGUGGAGCCAACACCCUGCCCACAGGGGCCACUGUGCUGACGGGGUCUCGCUCUCGCCGUGGUAAGAUGAGAGGCCCUCCAAGUAGCAAGGAGUGGAGUGCUGCGCUCAAGGGCUGUGAGGACCCCACCUUUACUGACUUCAUAAAGAAGUGUUUAGACUGGGACCCCUCGUCUCGUCUAACCCCCAGCCAGGCACUCAGGCACCCUUGGCUGUAUCGCCGGCUGCCCAAACCCCUACCUGGGACCGAGAAGAGCCAAGGGCCCACUGUGAAACGGAUCCCGGAGCACCACAGCACCUCCUUCCCCUCUAUCCUGGCCAAAGGGGGGCCUGGCUUAGGCACCACAGCUGCCAACAACAAACUGCGGAGCAACAUGAUGGGAGAUUCAGGGGAGGCCAUACCACUUCGCACGGUCCUACCCAAACUUGUCUCUUAGAGAGAGAGUCCUUCUAAUCUCCUCUCUCCCUCCACUUCCUCCUCCUCUGCACUCCUCAGGAGGAGUCAGAGUGCAGGAGAAAGUGGAACCUAGGUUUUAAAACUCGUUUGGUUGUUCUUUUAUUUGUUUUCUACUGAGAGGUGUCGACACCCCCAGUUCCUGGUUUUUAAUAUUAGCUGAACAGAAAGAGAGAGACAAUAAAAGAAAAACUCUAAAAAGUUUUUAUACAGAGGAUUUCCUUGAGCGGCUGUGGAAUUUCUGUAUACAGCCAUUGAUAAGGUUUGAUUUAGAUAAUGCUUUUUAAAAAAAAAAAAAAAACUUCCUCGUGUGAGUGGACAGCUUCGUAAAUGAGCAAAUGUUUUUAACCUGUGUGUGUUCUCUCAUGAGUGUUUUGUUUUAGUAAAAGACACUCAAGCACACCUGCACUGUCACUUGUCUUUCUUAACACUCAGAGGACACCAUCCUUUCUGGGGAAGUGUUUGUACGAGUGAAACUUGAAAAGGGCUACAGAGAUUACUCUUACAGGUUAGAGUUACAAAGCAAAGAAAAAAAAUCAUGCUCUAGUGUUUGGGCCCUGCACACACUGACACAGUUGACAAAAAUGCCUUCACAUAGGUAAUGAGGGAUUGGCAUUAUGCAGUGAAUAAUUAGGAGAACAUGUUUUUAGCAAUAAGUCUUCACCUCCUCGUUUUGUUUUGUUUUUUUUCCUAAUACUGCUCUUCUUUUCUACCUUUCCUGAUCCCUGGUGCUUGCAUGUCAGCUCAAUAUGUGACAUUAGUAUGUGUGUGUGCUUUAGCUUUGUGGUGCUACUGUGGGAGACAUCAAGAGGGUAUAGGACAACCUAUUUACAGCCCCUUCUUCCUCCUAACUCCCUGCCUGAGUGGAAAGAGGGGGGUUGGGAGGACGGUAGCUCCACUCUAACUCUGUCACAAAGGUGUCAUCGCCACACUCGGUACUUCACAAAAUGGUUUGUGUGAGACUGCAGUGUGAGGCUGGCUCACUGAUAGAUAUAUAUAUAGAGAGAGAGAGAGAAAGAGAGCUGCAAGUCAUUGCACAUACACACCUGUGGGGUGAUUGCCAGGAAAGUUGUCUUCACAAAGUUAAAGUUUGUACGAAUGUCACCCUCCCAUGCCCCUAAUUGGCUGCUGUGAUUGUUGGCAGUGGUGCAUUAGUCCAAAUGGAAGAAUAGUGUAAGGAGAGAGAGAUCAUGGGAUAAUAUGAAAGAUGGUAUGUUAAAUAUGAGCCAAGAUGUAUUUUUUUUUUUGUUUUUUUUUUCUCUCUCUCUGGGGGAGGUGUAGAGGAGACAGGCCAGUGACAAAGAAGGGUUUUUAAGGUACUGAAGAAAGAAGUGUUUCUCAGGGAGACAUACUUGAUACAUCCCUUACUCUUAUAUACGCUCUCUUCCACUCGCAGUCCUGUUUCCUGACUAUGGAUGAACAUGCAUGCAGUUCUGUCCACUAAGAGCGAGAGAAUGCAUACAUGAGUGCGUCUGCGAAGGGGGUCUGCAUGCUCCACAAUCUGACCUAGAUUCCCCCCCACCCCACCCCACACACACACACACACACACACACACACACACAAAACCUCUUUCUCGUUUUCUCACUCUUGUCUCAUGUAGGGCAGGGAACCUCUUAAACUCACACAUAUACUAUAUAGUGAAUUAUGGUGCUGUCCAAACGCGCACACACACACACACA